AUGACUAGUGCGGGAAGUGGAGAGAAGAUCAUGUUAUUCUGGCGAUUGAGCCACACAAACUGUAGUUGUGUCUUGUCACUACAUUUAUACGGUACCUAGCUACCUAGCUAGCUUGUAUUUAGGACAAUGUUAAGAUACGUCGCGCACAGAACUGAUAUAUCCAUUUUCGGAUUUUAUUAAUUUUUAAUGCUAGUGUAGGCUAAGGGAUCGUGUGCAAUUCCUUUUGGUGGCUAAUUAAUUUAUGUACUUUGAGCCGUCACCAUGGCUACUUCUGAUCAUUAUAAUUGCAACCACGGCAGCUCAGAGAAGGAGCACUUGCUCACGUCGGUGGCUCGCUAUGGCUCCAGCGAGCCCAGCGGGGAGCACGGCGGCCCCAGGCCGGGCCCGGGCAGCGGCUGGCCGGGCGCCCAGCCGGAGGCGGAGGAGGAGGAGCUGCGGCUCAAGCUGAAGUACUUCUUCAUGAGCCCCUGCGACAAGUUCCACGCCAAGGGCCGCAAGCCCUUCAAACUGGGCCUGCAGAUGCUCAAGAUCGUCAUCGUCACCGUGCAGCUGGUGCUGUUUGGACUGAGCAACCAAAUGGUGGUCACAUUCAAGGAGGAAAACACAGCCACUUUCAAGCACCUCUUCCUCAAAGACUACGAAGACGGGUCGGACGACUCGCUCGCCGUGUACACGCAGGACGACGUCUACGGCCACAUCCACUACGCCGUAGAGCAGUACCUGGCGCUGCCGGAGACCACCGUGGGGCGCUACGCGUACGUGUUUGGGGCCGGGGUGAACGACAGCGCCCUCUCGCUGUGCCAGCAGUACUUCAAGAGGGGCCGCAUCGACCCGGCCAACGACACCUUCAACAUCGACCCUCACGUUGUCACGGACUGUAUUGGAGUAAACCCCUUAGCCAUCCACCCAUCAUCCUAUGGCAGUGACUACAGGAACUUCACCCUGAAAUUCCACAAGCUCAUCAAUGUGACCAUCGGGUUCCAGCUGAAGGCCAUAAACAUCCAGACCAUAAUAAACAACGAGGUCCCCGACUGCUACACCUUCGCCAUCACGAUUGUUCUGGAUAACAAGGCUCACAGCGGCAAAGUGAAGAUCAGCCUGGACAACCAGGCCUCCAUCAAGGAGUGCAAAGACACCAACGUGUCCGGACAUGCGGAAAACUACACGCGGCUGGCGUUUGACGGCGUUGUAGCGGUGGUGUGCUCGCUGUCCCUCCUGCUGUGUGGGCGCUCCAUCCUCCGGGGAGUCAUGUUACAGCAUGAGUAUGUCCAGUACUUCAGGAACAAGUUGGGGCGCAGUGUGAGCUGGGGAGACAGGUUGGAGUUCAUCAAUGGCUGGUACAUCCUGCUCAUCAUCAGCGACAUCUUCACCAUCACCGGCAGCUUCAUCAAGAUCGGCAUCGAGUCCAAGAACAUGGCCUCUUAUGAUGUUUGUGGGAUCCUGUUGGGCACCUCCACCCUGCUGGUGUGGGUUGGAGUCAUCCGCUACCUCAGCUUCUUCCAGAAAUACAAUAUCCUCAUCGUGACCCUCCGGGCUGCUUUCCCCAACGUGAUCCGCUUCUGCUGCUGCGUGGCAGUGAUCUACCUGGGCUACUGCUUCUGCGGCUGGAUAGUGCUGGGGCCGUACCACGUCAAGUUCCGCUCGCUGUCCAUGGUGUCGGAGUGCCUCUUCUCCCUGAUCAACGGGGACGACAUGUUCGUCACCUUCUCCGAGAUGCAGGACAGCAGCACGCUGGUGUGGGUCUUCAGCCAGGUCUACCUCUACACCUUCAUCUCCCUCUUCAUCUACAUGGUGCUCUCCCUCUUCAUCGCCCUCAUCACCGGAGCCUACGAGACCAUCAAGCAACAAACACACGAGCCGUUACACAUGACCGACCUGCACGCCUUCAUCGCCGAGUGCACGGACACGCCCAGCUCCGGAAAGUUCCGCGGCCUGGAGACCUCGCCCUGCUCCUUCUUCUGCUGCUGUGACAGAACCACGACGUACGAGGACGUCCUUUUGGUGAACUGAUUGUGGAGUGUGGCGCCGGUGCCCUCUACUGGUCAUGGCACACUACUGCAUACCACUCGGUACCUGAAGCUGUGGUUUGGAAGUGCGCACACAGACUGAUGCGCAUGCAUUUUCUCCCAUUUCAUGCACUUCUAAAGCCUGAUUGACACGACGAUGGGCGGGGAUUGGCUGGACUGGAAUUCCAUUGGAGGCGUGUCCUGUGACUUCAGCAACGUAUAGCCUGGGCUGCGGAGUGGCCUGGUGUAAUGUAGUAGAAUCCUUGUCCCCCUCCAACACUUAAUCCUAUCAUCUACUCGCCCCCUGUCACAGAGAUGUCAGUAUUUUAUCAGAACGGGGCCAUGUCGAGGAUAGUGCCAAGUUCAAAAGAGCAGAGUAAGUGAAGAGCAACACCGGCAUCAGGUACAUCCGUUAUGGAGUGCAGUGGGCCAAUACUCUAGCCAUUCAUUUUUAAUGUUUUAUUUUGUAUGGGUCUCGUGUGUCUACACACGUAUAGAUUUUGUGUACGGUCUACACAGUGUAACAAACUGAACCUCUUUCCCGUACUGUAUCAAAGUCAUUUUUCUACCAGUUGAGGUAAUUUUAUUGUGUGAGAGGCGGCGUACGUAGGGGCCAGUUAACGUGAUUCCUCUCAGCUCUCUGACGCAUGGAUGUUUUAUUCUGAAACGCGUGUGCGUGUUUGUUUAAUGAGCUGCAUGCAGGGAAUACAGGUUUCCCCCUGUCUUAAGGUGAGAUGCCAGAUGUUGUCCCAUGACAACCCUUGCCCUGUGUCCUCUCUCCCGGCACAGAGGCCUUAGGUUUCGGUGAAUAAACAGAGGGCACGACGUGUACGCAGGUGAAACUGCUGCCAGUCAGAAAAAGGUGACGCUGCUAGCGAUCGGUUCCACGCGGCGUGUAGAACGUACGUUCGGCAUUCACGACUAAGCCUUAUGGGCGCACGCCGUUUUACAGGGCUUGGUGGGAAAAAAAGCAGGAAGGAAGUGACCGAUGUUUCAUUUUAAAGUGGGGCCGUCGUGUUUAUGGGCAGGGUGAGUCAGGGUGCAGUGAACACACCCUCGCACGCAGAUCUGCUCGGCACUCUCCGACUCUGAGCAACUGCAGCACUGCGCGGAGAGAGCGAACGAGCCUGCCUGACCCACUGACCCGGGAAUCAGGAAACACACCACAACAUGAUGAAACAAGGUCAUUUUUUUUCCCCUUGAAUAUUUUUUUUUUCUCUUUUAAAUAAUUGAAUUUAUUGGAUGACAGAGAGCGCUGGAUCAUAUUUGACUAAGCUGAGGAGGAGGAGGAGGAGGGUCUGUGACUGCAUGAUGAAAACAGUUGUUAUAAUGAUGAAGGAAUAACGAGGAUGCUCAGACAGAAAGGGGGUCCGCGAUGUCUACCCAGAAUGCCUCUAACUUUAUGUCUCUACGUCUUUAAUGAUGUCGACUUGAAAAACUCUAACUCUCAUGAUUGUUUAUUGAAGAGCAUUUUUUAUUUAUUUUUUUUGUCUUUUUUAUUUUAUUUUAUUUUUUUAGUGUUUUUCCUGUUUUGUUUUUAUUUUCGCAGCAAACGCACAAACGAGAGUGUGAUCAUCUCUGCGUACGCAGGACACUCAUUCACUUUUCGGUACCUGGCACUUU